GUUAAGUUACUAGUACAAGUAAAUGGGUUGGUAGUGCAUGGGUGCAGAGAUGAGAGAAAGAAGAAGAAGAUAGAGAUGCUGCUGCUGUCACCUUUUCCUUUAAGGAAAAACCCUAAACACAUUCAUUCACUCCACAAAGAUUCCCCUCAUAAAGAAACAAUUUCUUGUAUUUUCAUUUUCUCUGUUCCCUCUUUCUUGAUUCUGUUCCACUUUCACUUUCACUUUCACACCCCCCUUUUCCUUUCUUUCUUUCUUUCUUGCUUUUGAUUUUUUAAAAACAUCUUCAAGACUUGAUUCAAGGAACAAAAGUUUGCAUUUUUAUCACAGGGGUUUGGUUUCAGUUAUCAAAGGUUCAUACUUUUUACAUAAAGAUUCAAGAUUAUUGUUGAAAUCAAGUGUAAAGAUUUGGGGAUUUUGUUGAAGUUAAAAGGGAAAACAGAGGUAUGGCAGGAGGAGCAGCACCACCACCUAAACAGGAUGAUCAGCAGCCACACCCUGCUAAAGAUCAGCUUCCUAAUGUCUCUUACUGCAUUACAAGUCCACCACCAUGGCCUGAGGCAAUACUCUUAGGUUUCCAACAUUAUCUUGUGAUGCUUGGAACAACAGUUCUCAUUCCAACAACUCUUGUUCCUCAAAUGGGUGGUGGGAAUGAAGAAAAAGCAAAGAUGAUUCAAACACUACUGUUUGUUGCUGGUUUGAACACAUUGACACAAACACUUUUUGGGACACGGUUGCCAGCUGUCGUUGGGGGGUCAUACACUUUCGUGCCUACUACUAUUUCAAUCAUUUUGGCUGGUCGAUAUAGCGACAUCGUGGAUCCUCAAGAGAAAUUUGAGAGGAUUAUGAGAGGGACUCAAGGAGCUCUUAUUGUUGCUUCAACUCUUCAAAUUGUGCUUGGUUUUAGUGGACUUUGGCGUAAUAUCACACGAUUCAUGAGUCCAUUGUCUGCAGUUCCAUUGGUGGCUCUAACCGGUUAUGGAUUAUAUGAGUUUGGUUUUCCCUUGGUUGCUAAAUGUGUUGAGAUUGGAUUGCCACAGAUCAUUAUGCUGCUAAUUUUCUCACAGUACAUACCCACUCUUAUGAAGGGAAAAAGCCAAGUAUAUGACCGAUUUGCUGUUUUAUUCUCGGUGGUAAUUGUGUGGAUAUACGCUCACUUACUCACUGUUGCUGGGGCAUACAAGAACGCAUCUGACAAAACUCAACAAAGUUGUAGAACUGACCGUGCUGGAAUCAUAGGCGCUGCUCCUUGGAUACGUGUUCCUUAUCCGUUUCAAUGGGGAGCUCCAACAUUUGACGCUGGAGAAGCUUUUGCUAUGAUGGCUGCUUCGUUUGUUGCUCUAGUCGAGUCUACUGGUGCGCUCAUUGCAGUAGCUAGGUAUGCAAGUGCAACUCCUAUGCCACAUUCGGUUCUUAGCCGUGGCAUUGGUUGGCAGGGAGUUGGCAUUCUGCUUUCGGGUAUCUUUGGGACAGGAAAUGGCUCAUCUGUAUCCGUUGAAAAUGCGGGUUUGCUCGGUUUAACACGUGUUGGUAGCAGAAGGGUCGUGCAGAUCUCUGCUGGUUUCAUGAUAUUUUUUUCCAUUCUUGGAAAAUUCGGGGCUGUAUUUGCAUCAAUUCCAGCACCUAUCGUAGCGGGAUUGUAUUGUCUGUUCUUCGCGUAUGUGGGCUCAGCGGGUCUUGGGUUUCUACAGUUUUGUAAUCUAAACAGUUUCAGAGUAAAAUUUAUUCUUGGAUUCUCGAUUUUCAUGGGGUUAUCGAUACCACAAUACUUCAACGAGUACACUGCUAUCAGGAGUUAUGGUCCUGUCCACACAAAAGCUAGAUGGUGGAACGAUAUGGUAAAUGUACCGUUCUCUUCUGAAGCAUUUGUGGGCGGUUUAUUGGCAAUGUUUCUGGAUGUAACAUUAAGGCAGAAAGAUACUGCAACAAGGAAGGACAGAGGAAUGCAUUGGUGGGACAAAUACAGAUCGUAUAAAACCGACGCAAGAAGCGAAGAAUUCUACUCUUUGCCCUUUAAUCUCAACAAGUUCUUCCCUUCGGUUUGAUCCAAAAUCGGCGUCUUUGUUUACUUUGCAUACACAUUGUUUGAUCUUUAUUUUGAAUCUUGAUCAACCUUGUUUCUUGAAUCAGAAAUCUAGAUAUUAAAUUUGCUUACCAUGACUUACAUCAUA